GGGACAAUACUUAUUUCACAUAUUUUCUUCCUCUCUUCAUACAUAAAACUCACAGCAGAAAAUGUCAACAGGAAAUGAUUCCUUGGUGACCAAGUUCAUAUUCACUGGACUGACAGCAUGUCCCAAGCUUCAACUACCGCUCCUCUUCCUCUUCCUCACAAUCUAUGUAGUCACCGUGGUAGGAAACCUGGGCAUGAUUAUACUCAUUGGGCUCAGUUCUCACCUUCACACUCCCAUGUACUUCUUCCUCUGCAGCCUGUCCCUCAUCGAUUUCUGCCAAUCCACAACCAUUACCCCCAAAAUGCUGGUGAACUUUGUGACUGAGAAGAACAUCAUCUCCUACUCUGAAUGCAUGACACAACUCUAUUUCUUUCUUGUUUUUGUCAUAUCAGAGUGUCAUAUGCUGGCAGCUAUGGCUUAUGACCGUUAUGUUGCCAUCUGUAGCCCCCUGCUUUACAAUGUCACCAUGACCUAUCAGGUCUGCUAUUGGCUGGUAGUUGGAGUGUACAGUAUGGGCAUAAUUGGAGCCACUGCUCACACAGGCUGUAUGCUAAGGGUUCAUUUUUGCCAAGUCAAUAGGAUCAACCAUUACUUUUGUGAUCUUAACCCACUCCUGGAACUUUCCUGCUCCAGCACUUACAUCAAUGAGGUGUUAGUUCUGUGCUUCAGUGCAUUCAAUAUUUUUGUUCCAACUCUGACCAUCGUGGCCUCCUAUGUCUUCAUCAUUGCCAGCAUUCUCCGCAUUCGCUCCACAGAGGGUAGGGCCAAAGCCUUCAGCACCUGCAGCUCCCAUGUCUCAGCGGUGUCUGUCUUCUUUGGCUCUGCGGCCUUCAUGUACUUGCAGCCAUCAUCUAUGAGCUCCAUGGACCAUGGAAAAGUGUCCUCUGUGUUUUACACCAUAGUCGUUCCCAUGCUAAACCCCCUUAUCUACAGCGUUAGGAAUAAAGAUGUCCAAAUUGCCUUAAAUAAGAUGCUGAAAAAGAGGCCUACCUUGUGA